AUGCCCAUGUUUGCUGCUGCUGCUGCUGCUGCUGCUGCUGCUGCCGCCAAGUGUCUCAGGAAAUACGCCCUCCGUCCAAAGGCCUGGCAGAGAGUAAGAAGCCAGGGCCCCCCUGAGACACUGGUGCAUAUAGAAAGCAGAGACACAAGCACACCAAACCAAGUCCAGGCUGGGAGGUACCUGCUGGAGGAUUUACCCACAGAAGCCGUUGUGAAGAUCACAGUGACAGGGCUCCAGAGGCAGGAUAAAGGACUGUAUCAAUGUGUGGUUGACCUCUCUCCUAGUGAACCCUUUGUCCUGCAUGAUCGAGUUCGGCUGUCACUGUGCAAUGAUCCUUCAGCUACUGUUGUCUCAAAUAAGAAUCCCACCCAGACCUUAAGUGAGACAGUCAUCCCUCCUUUGAUCACUACCAAGGCCCUGAGAAUAUCUACUCCCACGCCCACAACUACGACCCAGUUCUCCAGUGUCUCCUCUCCUGGUGCCAAUCUCACAAAUGUGGAAGACGUGACCAGGGUCUCCAUGCUCAGCAUUGUCAUUCCCGUGGUGUGUGGAAUAUUGACCAAGAGUCUGGUCUUCACUGUUCUGCUUGCUGUUACACAGAGAUCAGCGGCACGGCUAGUUGUGCCAGAAAAGGCGUAUGCACAGAUUGUGGAUGUGGACAGAGAGGAGGACGAGGGCAUGGACUGA